AGCCUUUAAACCCUCCGAUACUUUUACCAUACAAGUGGAGCCUACUCUAUUGCCUGAUUUAUCAUUUAAAAACGCAGUUAGAGACUAGUAAAUUGGUCCUGUAGUAGAUUCGCACCGUUUGAAGGCCAACACUGGUACCGUUUGGGUUGUAGGUCGAAAAAUUCGUUGUAAUAUCCACAAUCGUGUGCCUCAACUCGUAAAUUUGAAGUCAGAGGUCUAGAAUCGAACACACCCUGGAACAAUUGCUGAUUUUACAGCAAAUCCUGGAAAUAAAGAUACACGACUCAUACUUUCAAAGAUGCUGAACGCUUCUCGGUUCUCUCGUGGCGGUGGCGACCAGAAGACGCCCUUUUUGGUAGGUAAAGAGCGUGAGCUCUUUGAAUCAAAAAAAUGGCCGAGCUCAUUUUCUAAACCUGUAGAUAUCACCAAGAUAAGGAUAGACGCUUUCAAGCCAUGGAUUACUAAACGAACUGCUGAGCUAAUGGGCGUUGAUGACGAAAUCGUGGUUGAUUAUUGCAUUAGCCAGUUAAAAGUACUCGGGGAAACAGAUGCCAAAGCCAACAUCGAAAAUGCAGGUGAUGGUGGAACUGUGUUCAAUGAAAAACCAUCCCUUGAUCCAAAGAGGCUGCAGAUAAAUCUUACUGGUUUCAUGGCAAAAAAGGCACACGUUUUUGUCAAGGAAUUGUGGGAUUUACUCUUAUCUGCGCAGGAAAAUGAAUAUGGAAUCCCUCAGGCAUUCAUUGAUGAAAAGAAGAGGGAGAUCGAAAAUGAAGCUAAUGCAGAACUUUCUUCCAUUAAGGAAGAUAGAGAAACCCAUAUUUAUGACGAAGAUAGACACGUUGAUGAGAAUUAUACUGAUUCUAAACGCGAAGUAUCGCACACAAAUGAGCGUCGUUACAAAACAGAGAGACGUCGCAGUUCAACACCCGUACGUAGGGGUUCUUAUUCGCACAAAGAUCGCAGAUAUGAUAGACAUAGGACACACAGAUACAAGCGUUCCCAUUCGAGGGAUAUCCGAAGGGGAUCGUAUAGUCGUUCUUCUAGCAGUUCUCAAUCAUCAACAUCAUCAUACGAAUAUAGUAAUAGGAAACAUCGGAGACACUCCAGAAGAGAAUCACGCAGAGAUCGUUCUUCUAGUUCAGAUUACCACCGCCGUUCUAGACGCAGUAGAUCAGGGAGAAGACACAGACGUUCUCGAGAUGAUUAUAAAAGACGGCGAAAUUCGCGUUAUGAUUCAGACAGUUCACCAAGUAUCGCUCCAGAGAGAUUGAGGGGUAAGACAAGGAAUAGGUCAUGAUUUUUUAUACUAGUAUUUGCUACCUAUUUUAUGGAUGGCUUAUUUGAAAUUUUAGUCGC